UUGUCAAUAGAUGGAUUGGUAAUCAUGAUUAUAAAGCAAGUGAUCACAAAUAUUUAAUGGUAGAAAUCAAGUUUGAUGAUUUACAAAGUAUGUUGAAUGGUAAAGAUAAAGAGAUUUGGAAAAAAAGAAGAAUUUAUUGGGAUAAAAUGACCGGGGACCACAAUGGAUUUGGAAGAAUCGUAAAGUUGAUGAGCUUUGUUGGAAUUAUUUCUAUUGGAGUUUUGACUAUGAGAUUGAUGAAAAAAUGA